GCAUUUUCCUAACAGGUCAGCCUGGCUGGCAUUGCAGGCUCCUAUAGCAUUAUAGCACCUAGCAGAAAGCAGCUUCAUUGAGAACACAUCCUCCGGGUUUCAAGCAGAGUGCAGCUGUGAGAUGGACUUCAUGAAGAUGAGGCUGGUUUAUGCUUUCAUUCUGACGAUGGGAGUUCUUUGCUUCUACUUCAGCAUGGAGCCUUUUGAGGAACCACCAUUUGUUCUCAAGAAAGGUCACGGGCAGUUUCUCCAGCUUCCAGAUAUAGACUGCAAGCAGAAGCCCCCUUUCCUUGUGCUGCUGGUGACUUCCUCCCACAAGCAGCUGGAGGCUCGGAUGGCCAUCCGCAAGACAUGGGGUAGAGAGGCAGAGAUUCAUGGGAGGACUGUGAAGACCCUCUUCCUUCUGGGGGCCUCAGACAGCCCUGAUGAGAUGAAUGCCACAGCCCAGGAGGGCAAGCAUCACCGUGACAUCAUACAGAAGGACUUCAAGGACGUCUAUUACAACUUGACCCUGAAGACAUUGAUGGGCAUGGAAUGGGUGCACCACUUUUGUCCACAGGCAGCUUUUGUGAUGAAGACAGACUCAGAUAUGUUUGUGAAUGUUGGCUAUCUGACUGAACUGCUGCUGAAGAAAAACAAGACCUCCAGGUUCUUCACAGGCCACAUAAGGUACUAUCAACUGCCCUUCAGGCAUAACUUAAACAAGUGGUUUGUGAGUAAAUUUGAAUAUCCCUGGGACAGGUACCCACCUUUUUGUUCUGGAACAGGUUACAUCUUUUCUAGUGAUGUGGCCAGCCAAGUAGACGAUGUCUCUGAGAGUGUUCCAUUCCUCAAGCUGGAGGAUGUGUUUGUUGGGCUCUGCUUGGCCAAGCUGAAGAUCCGGCCUGAGGAACUAUACACCAAACAGACCUUUUUCCCAGGUGGCUUACGCUUCUCUGUGUGCCGUUUUCGGAAAAUUGUGACCUGCCACUACGUGUCACCCCAGAACUUACUCACUUACUGGCAGGCACUGGAGAACUCUCAGGAACAGAAUUGCUCUGAUGUCUGAGGGGAGCCUGUGGCACAAACUUCUAAUAACCUUUGGUGAUACUUUGGGAAGGUCUGGGAUGACCUUGCUGGGAACUGUCAGGAGUAGAGAGAGAAGGAGGAGGAAGGCAAAGAGUGCUGUUCUCAAUGCCCUGAAUACACUAGAGUGGAUGUAUACACAUGCAGAGUCAAGACUUGUUCCCACUUGGCACCCAGAGCAAUAACAGAUCUCGACUUUCAGGCUUUUGUACUAUGUUCUCAAGGUUUGAGACAUGCCCACAUCUGCUCAUUUCAGGGCUCAGUAUACAUAUGAAGCUGUGGAUGUGAUCAUUCCCAUUUUACAGGUUAGGAACCAGGAGCCAUGGCUACUUACUGGAGCCCAGUCUACAGAUGGAGCAGGAAUGAAAAUCAAGUGCUAUUAGAAUUAAGUUGGUGGCACCCAACUGAAUGUCCCGUUCUUUGGGAGAGGGUGGUAGUAGAAGAAGCUUAGGAUUGGGGUGUCUUAAAGUUAACUAGCAUCAUUUAGUCUCUUUCCUGAGUCCCCUGCCCCUCACUUCCCAAUCCUUCUAUUUUUAAAUGCUCAAUCUGGGAUGGACCAGCUUUCUCAUUCCUCUCCCCUCACUUGAAUGAUGUAGCUAGGCACUGAGUCUGUUAGCCACUUGGUGCCCAAUGCAUCUUCAACAUGAAACAUGCAUGCCUGCAGACACUAGCUCACCUCCAUGCUAGAAGGAAACUGGGUUGUAUGACCAUAUAAAUCAGACUGAGAAACCAUAGCUGGGUCUUUCUGUAUAGGCCAAAUACACUGCUGAAAUCCUAGCAAGGGUGACAUCUCCUCUGAGCCUUUUGAGACACCUUGUCUCUGCUGAGGAUGUCUUGAUGUAUUGAUGGUCAUGACCAGUUGCAGCACUGGAACUCUUCAGAUCUCAAACUCAGGGGCAGCCAGGCACAGGCGUGGUCUGUAUGGGUGUCCAAGAACUUUGCUGGAACCUGAACUGGUCCAAGCUCCUGGGAUGCAGAGCAUGGAGAUAGGCCUAGUGGAAGGGCUUUCCCUGCAUCUGUGAUCUUUCUGACCCCAGGUCUUCACACUGGAUUAUCACAUGGUCAUAGAUCUGCUGAGUGUUUUGGUUUGGAAUUUAACCUUGAUGGUUUUCAAAACUGGGUAAAAACAGGGGCUCAUGGCAAUUCGGCCACUGUCACCAGACAUAUAGUCUUGCUCUGUAUCAUGGGAAUUAUUGUUCCCCCCUGCCUUUUACUUUACUAGAUUUUAAUGUGUGCUUGGAGCCAAGGCUUCAUGUGACUGUGUGACUGUAACGUUGCAAUAUGCUCUUUGAACACAGGAAAACUUAAUCAAGUUAGAACUCACUCAAGUCAGGACCAAUACUCCUCCAGUCGGAGGAGGCUGGAACCUGCCUCCAGGGCCUCAUUUCCACACGUGUCCCUGUCACUCCUCCGAGUCUCUUCCAUAACUCUUGGGGGGAAAUUGUUCUCUUUGUGACAUUCUUCAAAAUCCUACAGCACCAAGUUCUGGACCCUUAGUUCAGAAUAUGUGAAAAUCUGAGCGGGGGAAAGAGAAAGGGUGAUUGUUCCUGGGUGUGUACUAGGGACUACAUACAUCAUCAAAACCAAACCAGGUCUUCUCUUGACAGAGAGGGAAGCCAAGGCUUGCAUUGAAGAUGCAGGCAUUCUUUUCAGGUAGCUGCACUUCACUCUUAUGAUCAAACUGGUUGUCAGCAGAGGCAACUGAGGUGACUCAGUGACUCGCCCAGGGCCUGAGAUGCAGUGGAGGCCCAGCUCUCAGCCUUCUCCAUUGGCACAGCAUUAACAACCUUCCUGCAUGCUUACUUCUCCCAGAAGCCUGGGGCUGGUGCUACCCAAGGAGUCACCAGCAUCUCCCUUUGCUCGCACACUGCCUUCUCUGUCCUGGGUGUUGGCUUGAGUGUUGGUCUACUUCUUCAUGGUUCUCCCUGAAACUCACAUGGCCCUGGGGCCUUCCGUGGAAUUCUCACAAACCUCCCAUUCAGACUAGCUUUAUCAUGAGGUCAUGUGCAUUUCACACAUGCAAACACAGCCGAUGCAGGUGUCUACAUGCAGGAUCCAGGCUACUUUUAUUACUUGGGAUGAGACAUAGCAAGUGCCUACAAUCUUCUCUUUAGAGUGUGAGGUUGUCUUGAUCUCUCUCUUGCACAAUCAGCUGCACGCUUGUCACGAGGCCAGGUGUGCUAUGGUGGGGACAUGAGCUGAAGGAGUGGCUCACAGUUGCACACCCAGAGGGUUACUGACCUCCAGUCUCCAGGCAGAAGUGAAACACACCCACCACCCUGCUGAUGGAGCACAGCUUUUACCAUCACAGCUGCACCAGUGGUCGCACUAGAGUGUCCAUCGCUGGCCUCAGGAUGCUGUUUUGAAAGAACAAAGCCAGGCUUCAGACACCAUCUGGUUUCCCCACUGAGUCUGCAGUCUCAUGGCAGAUUGAUUAAUUCACAAGCUAAAUUUAAUAUGGUAGUUGCUGGGCAUCACUUAAAAAAAUAGAUGAGAUGUUGCUUAGAUCUUCUCCAUCCCUCCUUUUGGAAGCAUUUGCUUUCUCAUACCACGUUUUUAAAAUUAAGAACUAAUUUCCUGUAUUCAUCACAUUAGGACUGUCAUCUGAGCCUUCUCUAGGCUGGGUCUCCUGGUAGACAGGAUGCUUACUCCUCUCUGGCUGGGACUUUGGCUUGGUAUAGUGGGGGAGGAAAUUAUCCACAGGUCCUGAGGGGACUUCGUAAAGGAGGUGUCUGAUACCAGCCAAGCUGCUGCAUUCUGUGAGGGUGCUAGCCUGAGAGUUUCUUCUGGCCUGGGUAAGAUGGUUCAGUGGGUUAAGGUGUUUGCUGCCAAAUUACUCUAGCAAAUGCAACUCAGUCCUUGAGACAAUUGAGCUUCACAAGCCCAUGGUGGGCCUGCCCACAUGUGCAUGCACACACAUAAAUAAGUGAAAUGCAAACAAAAAUAAUCUUUGCAAAGGUUCCUGCAAGCACUGACCUCCCAGGCUCUUUGCUAAUUUUUAUUUCUCUGGCUCUUCAUGAUGCAAACCCUGUGCGUGAACACUGGCACAGGUGAAUUAGAAGUAAACUCUCAUUCACACCUCUAGUAUUUGCAUGGUACUUUCAUUUGGCUGAGAAUUUGAUAGGAAAAUUUAUUGCGGGAUUGCCUCAUGUGUCUCCUGCCUUUUAGCCUAACUAGACAGAUCCUCAAAGAUGGCUUUAGAUUGUUCCUGGAGGUGAAGAUUAAACUGCCCAAGCUCAGAGUUGAGACGGGCUGUAUGAGCCUGAAAUGAACGAAUUGGAAUGAAGCCUAAUAACAAUAGCAAAAGGUUUUAAUCAAUUAAAAUCAUUCUCUAAUGACCAGGCAUAGUCAUUUUAAAUACAAGAAGAAAAAUGAAUUCUAUGGAUAAAUGUCAUUUGUGUGUAUGUGUGGUAUCAUUUUGGAGUUUUGGUGCUGGGGAUGAAGCCCAUGACUGCAUACAAGCUCUCCCCAGCCCCUGGUGAGUGUUUUGCAUCAUGCAUUCUACUACUUCCAUGCAGGGGUCAUGGGAUCAGCUCCUGAUGCCUGCAGUUCAAAUGCUGUGCUGGGAGGUUACGACUGUUAUCCUGACACAACAUACAAUCACACUACAGAGGGUUUUAAUGAGAAAUAUCUCUUUAGUGUCCAUUGAUGUAGGAAGAUGCAGCCCAUUGUGGGUGACACUGUUCCCUAGGCAGGGUGUCCUGAGCAGUAUGAGAGAAGGAAGCCAGCUGAGGGCAAACAAGGAUUCAUGUGUUUUCCUGUCUCUGUUGGGACCAUGGAUGUGCCCCACUGCUUUAAGUUCCUGCCUUGACUUCCCUGCAAUAACAGACUGCACCUGGAAUUGUGAGCCAAUGAAACCCUUCUUCCCAGAGCUGCUUUUAGUCAGGGUGUCUAUCACAGUAACAGAAAUGAAGCUAAAACAGAUGCUCAGGGCGUUACCCACACGGGGUCUCAGAUCCUUCUCACCCCACCAUGUCCCGGAUGUCCUCACAGUGCUCUCCCUCUGUGCCGAACAGAGGUGAGUCCAGAGAGCUGUGAAACCCUUCUUACAUUCUGCUUCAGGAAAUAUCAGAGGGGGAGAGUGGACUCAUUUCACCCAGUCUAAGAAGACAAAAAAUACCCACUGUGACUGGAAGCCACUCAUCUGAAACUAAGGACACUUUGUGGUCAAAUCUGAUUUCCUAAAGGAUAAAAUUUAAAAGUCUAUGUCACUGAAUGGUGUUUGAAAUAGUCAUUUGCCUGUACAUUGAGGAGGUUCUACAGACUGAUACUUUGUUUGGGGAGUGGGUAUAUGUAUUUUUGAUUUGUUAAUAAUGAUAUUUAUCUUUAAUAAAAGUUAAAUUA